AUGGCGCGCAGUCUCGCCUACGCCGACGCGGCCGCCGAAGCCGAGAGGCUACGGGCCAGCGGGUCAACUGACAUGCCACCGCCGCCCAAGCUGCAAGUCAAGCACUUUAAGCUUAUGGACAGCGUGACCGUCGAAUUUGAGGAAUACAUGAAGAAAGUCUUCUUUGGCCAGACCCCGGCAGAUCUUGCGAGGGAGGCGGAGACUCGUGUCGACCGUGUCCCCGGGCAGUCCUGGACAACCGGACACCAGAGCGGGAAGGGAAGUGGUAAGACAUGGGCCAAGAAGUACGCUGCUGAGCACAUGAAUAUCACCAAGGAGCUUCUAGCCGACAAGUACGAGAUCUUCUUUAAGACACUGGGCGAAAUCGGCUUAUCUGAGCUCAAGAACACCCCAUUUUCAGCCAGGUCCGAGGUGGUGAAGGCGCACCCCCUUCACCGUCUCUACGACGACGAUGACAGGUGCAAUGGCUGGUCCGUUGGCAUUGUGGUGCACCCAGCCGUUGUUGGAUUUGGUAGUAGCGAUGGGAGGGACUAUAGCAAGAGCAUGGAGAGGGUGUGGAUGAAGGCCGAGGCUUUUCUUAGUGAGACGGUGUGA